AUGGAACUGACGAAGGUUCUUAGUGGAUUGUGGAGACAAUCCAUUGUUCGAAGUGCAGACAAUAGUGGAGUUAUAAAGGCAUGCAUAAUUGGAAUCGGUAAAAACAAAUGGGGAACAGGAAAAAUAGGUGAUCGAAUUAGGGUUUCAAUACGAGACAAAACAAACGAUUGUACUAUUCAAGAAAAAACACCCAAGGGAAUUAUUGUUAGAAGAAAAAAAGAAACAAAGAGAAAAGAUGGUAGCUAUAUAAAAUUUGAUGAUAAUGCAUUUGUUAUUAUAUCAAAAAAUAAACUAAAGGCCACAAAAAUAAAGGGCCCCGUUGCUAUGGAAACAAGACAUAAUUGUAGAAAUCUGGCUAGAUAUAUUUUUUGA